AUGAUGCCAAUAAAAGAAUUAUUAAAAGAAAAACCUAAAAUUUCACUUCCGCCAAUUUUAAUAAUCGAUGAAAGAACAAUCGAAGGUUUUCGUUUGGGUCCCGUUUGCGGUUGCGAAGAAAAAUUAGAAUUUGUUAAAAAAUAUAAACCUUUCAUACCUGGUGAUAAAAUUUGUUUCGAUAUUUACUGGAGAAAUAUCAGGACCGGAUCUAAAGAUUUACUUUUGGAUGCACCUUUUGUUCAUCCCACGACAAAUUCAUACGCGACAACGACAUUGCUAAAUGAAGAACGAAUGAUACUCAAACCUCCGAGAUAUACGGAAGAUGAUUACGCACCUGUGGAAAUAUGUCCGAAAUGUUGA